AUGAUUUUGAAAAAAGAACUUGAUGAAGGAAGUAUAAUGAACUUGGAUUCUAUAAUAUAUAAGAAUAAUGAGAUGAAUGAGGAAAAAAAAUGUUCUUCCCUUUCGGAGAAAGUUCAGCUUUGCCAGAACAAAAUGUUAAACUUGGAAAAAGAAUUGAAUAUUGAGGAAGAAAGCAAUAUUGAAAAUAAAAAUAAGUAUCUUUAUAGGAGGAUGAUCAUUUCUAAUGUUUAUACUUUAUUGGGAGAACUUGCAUCUCAGGCACAAUCUAGAAUGGCUAAAAGGCUCGAAGCUCAGUAUUUAAGAAGCCAAAAGUUCAAAACUAAAGAGAAAAAAAGUAAGCCUAGUUCAAGUUCAACAGAUUUAGGUUAUUCUAAGUUGGAUAAUAACAAUAAUAACAAUAAUAACUCAUAUGAUGGGGAUCUAGACCCAGAGAUGGAAGAAUUAACUCCUGAAAUGGAGAAAGUUGCUCAAGAACUACUUAACCAUUUUACUUCUGACAUUGAUGCUUUAAAAGAGUCUCAAAAUCAACUACACGAGAUUUCAUCCCUAAUGAGCUUCUUCUCAACGAAGAUACAAGAACAAUCAGAGAUCUGUUCAACCAUAUUAGCAGAUGCAAAUGAUGCUGUAGAUUAUCUGGAUGAAUCCAAAAUUUACCUGGAAAAGUUGGAAGAAACUUACAAAACAAAAAGUAUGAUUCUUUACAUUGGAGAGUAUAAAGAAUUUGUUGCAUACAUUACAGAAUCUCUGACUUGGUUAGAAAAGUUGGUAAAUCCCUGA